AGAUGAGGAAAGGUAUACAUCCUCAAUUGCAAUGGAUAUCCUAUGUAACACAGAGUGGGAGAUUGAUUAAUCUUAUGAUGACAAAAAUACACAACACUGGCAAAGUUUACCAUUUCAGAGCUAGACGCCAGAGGGCCGAAAAUGAAGGUCAAAUUGCCAAGUAUAAUCGUCGUUUCGGGCAGAAAGCUCAAGAGGAGAGUCAGCCGCCAGAAGCAAAAAAGUAGAUGAACUCUUUCUGAAGUCGAGCUGAAUGCAUCUCCCUAACGCUUAGGGUUCAAACCAUGUGUUGCCAUGAGUUGAGAAUAUGUUCUCAUGCUCUGCAUUUAGAUUGACAUCCCUUUUACCAGUAGAAUUCAACUUAUUGAUUGUUCACCAAAAAUAAUAACGUAUUUGUUUAAGUUCAAGCUUUUAAGGCAUUUUGAAUUAGUGAUUGAAUCUGCAAGUGUUGUAGUCAUUUCACUUCCAAGGGUUUAUACAGUAAAAAUCUUGCUAUC